AUGGACACCCUUCCCUUCCGCCUCGUGCGGCCCAUGAACCAGCUAACGCAGUUAGCGCUUCUCAAGCACAUUGGCCGCCAGAACGAGAGACUCACGGCAUUUAACGCCAAGUUAAUACAGCGGUUCGCGCUGCUCGACUAUGUUGACCACCGCGCGAUGCUGGCGCUUCUCACUGAUAGGGCCCAGCAACCGCUCCUGUCGUUGUCGUUUCCAGGUCUCCGUCAGACGCUGCAGGCUGUGCAGCGCUUCCCCGUUGACUUCGCUGCGGAGAAGCUUGAGUUCGAGGCCGCACUGCUUGAUUCGGUGUUCGCGACACCCCCUGACACGCUUUCGUCGGUGGAGUACGGCGCGUUGUGGUCGCUCGCAACGCAGGUGACCGCGUGGGAGGAUGUGCUGCGGCUCUCGAGCACCUUCCCACUGCAGAGUACACUGCCUUUGCAGAGCGAGAAGGAAUUCCGUGUCGUGCUUGAUCAGAUGCUCGUUGCGGCAAUCCCCAUGUCUUCGUUGGUCUAUUACUGCUCAACUGCUGCUGCUGGCGAUGGCGGUGGUGGCAAUAGUGACGCGACAGUGUCGACGCCGCGGGGUGUGCGGCUGCUGAAAGAGUUGGUUGGGGAAGAAGCUGCACUCCAGCGCGCCCUCGACGGCAUCAUGCAGCUCGGCGCCUGCUGGACCGAGCGGGAGUGUGCGGUGUCGACCUUCGUCGGUGUGGUGCAUGCAUUGGGGAAGUGGCCACAGGAGUGUCUCCCCGAUGCCGCAGCGUGGCGGAAACUAGCGCUGCGCCCGACCACAUUCCACGAUGUGGAUCUGCAUAAGCUGCUUCGGCUCUUGAUUCGGCUGCAUAGCCCUGUUGUGCCAGAGCAUGUGCGGGAGUCACUCAAAGAAGCCCUUAGUGCGGACUUGUGGCGGUGCUACGCAGAGCUGCCAAUUGAGCCGGUGGCGGUCUUUUUUGCGACGGAGGGGCUCUUUAAGAGGACCAAUGACGUUGGGAGAACAGACGGUGACAGUAGUGGCAGUUGUAGUAGUGGUAGCAGCAGCACUAUCGCCCACAAUAACGGCGAGAAUGCUACAGGAGCAGCCUCGGCACCGCUGUUGCUUGAGGCGAUGCGGCGGCUUCACGAGCAUGCACUGGAAAAACAGUUGCGCUGUGAUGGACCCCCGCUCGGUCUCCAUGUUCUCAUCAGCCUCCUCGUCAGCAGUGCCUUCCUACAGGUGAAAGGGGAACUCCUCAGUGCCAUUAUUGCUGCACUAAAAGAUAAGUUGGCGUCAUUGUUAUCAUCGUCAUCCUCAUCAGUGCAGCCUUUGACACCUUUGCAGGCGUCCAUCAUCGCCACAUCCCUGGAUCGAGUUCAACCACAUUCAUCUGGCGCCGCGGCUUCCUCUACCUUCUCCUCAGGGAAGGGGAACGAGGAUGCGGAUGCAAUUGGGAAGCUGAUCGUGCCGUUCUUGAGCCACGCGUACCUAAGCGAGCAUGGGUGUGCGCGGUGUGUGGCAGAGCUUCUCUGUGGCUGCCCCCGAUGGGCACGACAGUGGGGGCUCGAGGAGGGAUGCAUCGAUGUGUUGCGCCACCACGCACAGGACGGCUUCACCAAGGCGCAGCUGCAACAAAUUCUGAGCAGUGACAGUCGUGGUCUUCUUGUGUUGCCAUCGGACGCGCGGGAUAUUGUCACGCAGCGUGCGACGGAGGUGCCCAGCAGAUGA